UUAUUAUUUUUCAUCGUGAAAUAGAAUGGAUAAUCUGUCAAUUAAUUAAAAAAUCAAGUUACUUGCGGUAGUUUGAAUUGAAUAAACUAGCAGCGUGUAAACCUUGCUUAUCAGCAUGCAUCUUCAGAUCUGGAGAUCUACUGAACAGAAUUAGAUGAAAUUUGAAAUAUAUAUACUUUGAAACAAUUAAAAGAAAAUGUCGGAAGCGAUUUUCAUUUGAUUGAGUAUUUUUCGCAGAAUUUGAAAUUGAAAAUGAACAAAAUUUGAACACUUUUCAAUCAUUGAUAAUUCCAAAACUAUUCAAGUAAUUAAAAAUCCGAUCCGACAUUUUUUUCUAAUUGCUUCAUAGUAUCUAUAUUUCAAAUUUCAUCGAUUUUCGUCGGAUAGAUCUCGAGAUCUCAACACUCGAAAAUCAGGCGGACCGGGUAUGCAAUCGUGUAUGCGGAAUCGGCCCGCAAGAAAAACGGAAAAACACCUCCAAGUUAAACGGAGAACGAGUUUGGAAAGUAGAAACGGCAGUAUCGUUCUUUCUUAAAUUUCGCGUUGGUAGAGUCAAAGUUGGUAACAUUGAAUGUUAUCACUCAAAAUUUCAAAAAAAAACUUCGAAAUUGAAGAAUUGAAAAUUGAUUGAAAAUAACUUAAUGAGGUGUUGAUCGUAUAUUAUUUCGCAUAUUAUGUACGUCUGUUUCUUCAUUCAAGAAUUCCCUAAACGCUCCGAAAAUGUCUGUGGUAAAAACGUUCGCCAAUGCUACGAACAUCGACGACAACGACCGUAUAAAAUUCCAUCGUACGAAGAUAGUUGCCGCCAAAGAGACACUGAGACUUCUCCGAAACCGACUGCAUUUAUUAAAAGCUUCCAACAGUCAAGUACAACGUGAACUGCUGGCUGAUUUGACCAAACUUGAACAUGCAUUGUCUCUGGCAGUACACGAAAUGCAGAAAGUAGUCACCAAACGUCACAUGAUUCAGCUGGCUCUCGAACGAUCGAUAUUUUCUACCUUGUUGUACUUACCGGAGAAAAAACUCUUCGAUGCGAUCGGAUUAAAUGACAUCGAGCAUUGUAUUGCCGAUAACUUGAAAUCCAUGCUAACGCAAGCUGAAUCUUUGAAAGAAAAAAAGGAAACAUCCGAUACUCAGUUUAUAAAGAUGACGAAUUGUAGAGACGAAUUGGCCGAUGUUGUUGAUGAGAUAGCUACCAAGUUGAAUGAUCAAGGAUCGUCGGAAUCUGACGAAAUAAAAAAACAACGAUUGGCUAAAAAGUGCGAUAAUAUCAAUAUGCUCAGAAGUUUUUUCUCUGCUUUGGUUGCAGCUCAACCGAUGGAAGAUUGUAAAAUGCUUGUACCUUUGGUUUGGAAGUGGCGUACGCAUCGGUCCUACGAAUAUUAUCAGAAUAGGAUUUCUUACGAGUAACGGGUAAUAUGAGACUAGUUAGACUGGCUUAUUUAAUUAAUGUACAUAUUUAUUGUAUUUAAGUUGGUGAUAAUUUUACUUCGAGUACUGUACCAGUUUAGAAUUGAUUGCUCAAUGUUUUAAGAGAAUUAUUCUAAUUUUUUAUUAUAUUUUUAUUCGUUCGUUGUUUCGUGUUAUUAACUGAAUCUAAUCCGAGCUUUUAUUAUGCUGUGAGAAACUAGCAAACCAUUUCAUAAUAUUCUAAACCUGUCAAAAGCCAUGAUAAGAAAUUGAUCAAUCUUUAAUUCGAACAAAAUAUUUCAUUUUGACUGAUCUAUUAUAAGUAUGCAUUUUUCUUUGAAUUAUUUUUUUUUUUAUAAAAUGUACGAAUGUUUCACUUUUCACUAGAAAAAAAAGAGCAGAAGGACGAAAACGUUGUCUUUCCUAUUUUUUAUCAUCUGGUGUUAACGAAGUGCUCUUGUCCAGUGUUUGGCAAGAAUGAACUCAUGAAAAUAAUGAAAUAUGCAACAUUGAACCCACCUGUAGGAAAAUAUUAUCACGGUUUCGGUUUAAAUUCUAGGAGUCUGAAUACGCAAUCAUGGUCACUUAUGUAGCACUCCAGAUGUGGAGCUCUCGGAAUUAUUUCAUUAGUAAAUUACUACAUUUUUGAGUAUCUAUGAAUAAUUACAUUGGGACACAUAUCCAUAACUCAUUUUUGAUUUUGAAGGAAGACAGCGAGCUCAAAGUGAAUUUUUGGAUUUAUUCGUAAUAAUGGAUCAAUAACUCCACAUACGUCAGCUUUAACGGUUUAAUUUUUUUUUAAAAUCAUGAAAUCAGAGCUCGUACUCAAUUUUUUUUCAAAAAAAUCAACUUCAGUACUUAUCCAAAAAAGUUAUAAGAAACUAACAAAACAUGACAUACCUACAUAUAAUGUGUAAAAAAAAACAGAUCACCAAAAAAAUGAGUGGUUUUUAAUUUUAAAGAAUUGAACUAUAGUUGAACUUCUUGUUGUAAUAUCUGGUAAAAAAAAAAAACAAUAUUUAAUAGAAAAAACGAGACAUUGUAAAUUUUAGCAACUGCCUAACAAGAAGAGCUUCUGAGCAAAAAAUAGAAAAGACAUUUUUAGAAAAAAAUUAGGUUUUUUAGAAAUUUUUAUGCAAAAAAUAGCAAUAAUUAUUGUCAAUUUAAAAAAAAAAAAGAAUUUUAGGCGUGCAAAAUGGACUUAAUACCCGAUUCUUAUAGAGAAUGAAAUUCCGGUUCAAAUGAGACCCCAACCAGCUCAUUUGGUUCAUUUUUGACGAAUUUAUGGCUUUUUAAAGUUCCGGACUGACUUCCGGAGUUGAAAAAAGUAGUUUUUGAAAAAAACAUUUUUGGAAGUUUUUGGCGAUCCGAUUCUGGAGGGGACACCUCGAGAGUGGGUUUUUGACCAGCUUUUUUCAUAAUAAAAAUAUCCAAAAAUUAAAGGGAGGCCCAAGAAAGGCUGGAAAUGGCGAAAUUUGAAUUGGGGGGGGGGGAGGUUAAUAUCAGUUUUAGGACUUAUUUUGAACAUUUUUAAUUAUUUUACUGAUCAAGUACAUACGUACUUUUUUUAAAAAAGCAUAAAAAUCACCAAAUCCAAAAUAGUCAAUUUUGGAUUUUCAAAAAUUCGCUAAAAAUCGAAAAAUGAACUUGGACAGCUGAAAAUUUGGAUUUGGGGGUUUUAGAACAUGCUCUUUCCAAAAAUCGCGGUCCCGUUCAAAUCGGAGGCGGAGGCGGACACCUCUGACGGCUCUGACCUCAAGAGGUUCCCUUACCCUUGUUGGCCUUGUUUUUAAAAAAAAUAAAAAAAUCUCACGAUUUCAAGUUUUUGUGCUGUGAAUUGUGAUCAUACUGUUAGUACUGCCUGAAAUUUUUCUUUUUUCUCUUCGAAAGCCAACAAAGUUGCGAAUUUUUCUUGUUUUUUUUUUCAACUUCGUAAUCGCAAAAUUUCCAAGUUUCGUCUUUCGUCGUUAAAAUCGAGUUAAUUCGUCUAAUUUACAAUUAAUUUCGGUGUUUUCACAAUGUCUAGACGAUUUUAUCGAAAUCUAACCAUCUUGAGCUUGCUUUCGCUGUGUCAUACAGCGUAUUCAGCCGCCAAACAUCGUUCAUAUUUACGUCUAAAAGAACAAGAAAAUGGAACUCUUCCGUUGGAUAUCAUCGUUCAAGGAAUCCUUAGUUUGGUAAUCGCCAUGAUCGGUAUUGUUGAUAUUGCCGGAGAAUUCAAAGAAAUCAGCGGGACCAAGAAUUUGGAACGAAAGUCCUGGGAAACUUUACGAAAUGUGCCAUCGUUCUACGUAUUCAAUCACCGCGGACAGGCCCUUUCACCAGAUUACAACAGUACUGAAGCUAUCCAAGGUGAUUGAUGCGGUUUAAAGGCUAAAAUGAACUCAUUUCACUUCGUAAAUUACUUCAAUUAGUUCACCAGAUUACAACAGUACUGAAGCUAUCCAAGGUCUAAGUUGAGAAGAUGAUAAGUUGAAGUUUUGGAAAGAAUACCAAAGAUACGAGUCUUCAUUUCAGCUGCGCUGGAAUUACUCGAACAAUGUCGUGGUUUGGUUCUUUAUCGAGUAUGUUUAAUUUAAUAUCAAAUUACUUUUCUGUAAAUAACUUCUAUUGUAGGCUUUCUCUUGUACCUAAACGAUGUUCCGUUGUUGAUUUUUGAAAUACAAACGUAGAAAUGCGA